CUGUUACCCAGAUGGCGAACUUGGUGGAGAUUUGGUCGCUCAACUUCAGAAGUGCGCCUUUGAAGUCUAUCGACCCGACACAAUGAUGCAGUUGUCUCGUGAUCCUCGCUAUGGAGGUUUCUGGCUGGCUUGCGAUCAAGACAUGAUCCAGGAGCGAUACGUCAAUCACCCGAGACGAUGGUCUUCCAUACCGACUCCGCCAUCCCGUGGAAGCGUAGGUCGGCCCGCCAGCGUGCCGUCAACGCCUCAGCAGCGGUUUGGGGUUCUACCGAUGACUCCUCAUCUAUCGAAUGGUACAUUACCUUCAACGCCUUCGAGUCCUGUCAGCACCUCCUCCUCUCUCGAGUAUUUCGGAGCUCAUUCGCGUAAACCCUCAUCCACAUCUUUGGUGUCGCCGAAUAUCGGUCACGGUGAUGUACCCUUGCCUAUGGAUGGAGGGCCUAUGCGGCGCCAACGAGCCGGCUCCAGCAACCGAGGACCCCUUGUUCGACCGACACACAAAAAGCGUCAAUCGACCGACUCGACGUCGACCUCGUGGGAGACCUUGGCUAGCAGUAGUAAUGGAGCGCCGUCCUUCGGUUUCCAUGGCAAAUCAUCUCUCUCGCCCGACCUGCCUCGUUCCAUGUGGACACUUGACGUGGGUGAGACAUGCGUAUGGAGCAUCGUCUCGACGGAGCAGAAGACAUACACAUUCUAUGUGCCACCUCAAGCUACUAACGCUCCUACCCCGUACACUCCGUUCCCGGAGAUUAUCCGAUACUUGCCUCCUGGUCAGGCUGGGUCGGAUCCCCUGCCUGGUCAUGCACCGCAUCAGACCUACACCACCUUGACAAACUUGCCACUGAUUACCAUAUACGGCCGCAACUUUGUACCGAAGCCCGAACGAGGCUCUUCAGACUUCAAAGUCUUUUAUGGGGAUCAAAUGGCGGAACACACUGAAGUUCGAUGCCCCGAAGUCAUGGCUGCUUCUGAACCCACUGGACCCAUCCGAGGCCCCGUGCCCAUCACACUGGUCCGAGAAGAUGGACAUUGUUUCGUUCCUACGAAUGUUUUGUACACUCCUAGAUCCACACCAGGUGCCCCUUGAUCUGGCCAUCUUUCUCUCAUAGACAUUUCUACUGUACACUUGGCGACGAAUAUCACUCAGCAUGCCUUGGCUGUCACAGCUCACCCGCAAUUCAACAUGUAUAUCCUAGUCAAUAGAUGCAU